GAUUAACACGUGCGCUUUAGUUUGUCCGCCAUAGCCAGCUCUAGCUACUGAGGCGAGCGAGUUUUAGGAGGAGCCCCUCGGUGGAGGAUCCUAGCAUGAAAUGUCUAGCAUGGUCGAUUUCCUGGGGAUCGAGGAGAAGGUGUCCACCAGCGUCAGCGCCGAGAGGUUGAAGAAGCUGGAGGAGCUCACGGACGAGGACGUGAUGCAGCUCACUCGGGAGGAUUGCCGGCGCUACCUCAAGGAGAAGGGAAUGCGUCGUCCGUCUUGGAACAAGGCCCAGGCCGUGCAGCAACUUCUCUCGCUCAAGAGCCUGUGCGAUCCUUCCCCGGCUUCCAGUGGAGCCGCCAAGAGGAGCCCAUCUCCGCCGCUCGACGAGGCUCCAGCGAAGAAACCCAUGGCAAUGACAAGCAUCGAUCUCAAGGCUGCCGCUGCUGUGGACGCCGCCAAUCUUACGAUGUUUUAUGAUGGAGCAGUGUCCGUGUUUGACGACGUUUCGCCAGACAAGGCUUAUGCGAUCAUGCUCCUGGCCGGGAAUGUGAAGUCGUGGCCUUCGAUCAACGUUGCUGCUAACACCAACAAAGUUGUGAUCUCUUCUUAUGAGUUGCCACAGGCGCGAAAGGCAUCACUCCAGCGUUUUCUUCAGAGACGCCGUGAGAAAACUGCGAAAGAGGCAGCAUCCAAAGGGAACUCUAAUAAGUCGCCUUGUCAUGGCGAGAGCUCGGGGAAGCACGCAUCGGAUGCUACUGAUCCAGCCACUUCUCCCUUGCUCACGGAGGUCUCUUCCUAGCUACACCUCCACGAUACGUCUAUGCCUUGGAUGAACUUCCUGUCUUUGAUUCUAUUCUAAGCUGACCUUUGCGAUUGUCAUCGAA